CGCCGGGCCGCAAGCGCGAAGAGCACAAACCAGGCCUUGAGGGGGAGAGACGGAGAGCCUCUUCUGCCGAAGAAGGGCGCUUUCUGGCGCGCCGCUCGCUCCCCUCAGGAAAGGCACAGCCUCUCCCUUUCGCUGAGGCGAAGACGAGCGCGCCCAGAGCUCUCCCUUCCCCGACCUCUCCAAGCCGGGGCGGGCAGCCCGCGGAGACCGGCCCCCGAGGCGGGGUCGCCCCGUCCCAUGCCGGCCUCGCUCCUCCUCCUUGGGGGGCGGGAAGUUACGCUUUGGCCGCCGCCGCCGCUGGGCUGGAGCCCCGCCGACUUUGGCGCCGUCGUCGUCGUCCCGCGCUCCAGUCAAUCCGCUGCGCCAGGGGCCGAGGGCCUUGGUAGGGGCCGGCGCCAGGCGCGCUGCAGCCGACUCCCUCCUGGCGCCCACCGGACGCUGGCUGGGCGGGCGGGCCAGCUCCCCCUGUCGGGCGCGCCUCCGCCCCAAAAUGCCCGCCUGGGCGAUCCUGCCUAUCGCCUUGCCCGCCUUCAGCAUCACCGGCAUGUGGAUCGUGUAUGCCAUGGCACUGUCCAACAAUCACAUCUGCCCAGUCCAUAAUUGGAUUUAUAAUCAAUCCUGUGAGCUGGAUAGCCCUAUUUCCUGCUGUACGUUGGAUCAUAUCCCUCUUGUCAGCAAGUGUGGUACAUUCCCUCCAGAGAGUUGCUUCUUCAGCCUGAUCUGCAGCUUGGGCUCAUUCAUGGUGAUGCUGGUUGGCCUGCUGAGAUAUGCGCACGUUAUAGAACAUUACGGCUCUUCCCUUCUCAACACUUUGGGGCUGGCUUUAGGCUGGAUCUGUGCAGCUGGCCUCAUUAUGGUGGGCAACUUCCAGGUGGACCAUGCUAAAGUUCUGCACUACAUCGGGGCAGGUGUGGCGUUCCCCACCAGCAUGCUUUUCAUAUUCCUUCAGUCCAUCCUGACGUACCGCAUGGCAAAAUCCAGAGGACAUUACUGGACUGGGCAUCUGCGCAGCAUCCUGGCAGCCCUGGCUUUCAUCACCCUCAUCUUCAGUGGCGUAUUUUUCAUCCAGCAGAGUUUUGUCCUGCAACACCUAGCCGCCCUCUGCGAAUGGAUGUUCAUCAUAAACGUCCUCGUCUUCUACGGCACCUUCACGGCUGAAUUUGGAGCCAUCUCCACCGACACCUUUCUGGUUCUCCUGAAAGCCAGGCGGACUCCCAAAAGCUUCAAAGUGGAUAGCAGCACGCCGAGCAUGUCACAUGUUCACACCCAUUUGGAGAACAUGGCCAUGAUGGGAAGGGACGGCUAGGAAACCGGUUCCUCCCAAGACUAGCUGUGCUUACCGGGACUUCCAACGAUACCAAAAAAGGGAGAAAAGAGAAUAUUGCCUUAAGAAUCACCUCUUGUAUUUAUUUUGCCUAUGUGCCACACUAACAGUGCCCUGGGUAUUUUGCUCUGAAGGCAUAGCCACAUUCCAGUAUCACCAGUGGCCUUUAUGGAGCAAGAUUUCUGUAUCCUUGGAUCGAAGACUCUCCUUCCAAUGCACGCAAGAGGAGGGAGAGGAUGACAAAUGGCAAUACUGAGAAGUGUAGGUGGGGUACCUGUUGCCAUUUGAAGAGAGUAAGACAGAUUUCAUUUUGGGUGGCACAGCGCACCUUUUUGGCACCUGCAGUUUUGUACCUGGGUUGAAGAGACCUGGAUUUCAGACCCACAGCAGACAUGGACUUUUUUUUUUAACCUGGGACUAGGAAUCAGAUGUGAGCUGUCCCUGUAAAACGUGCUCCUUUCAUCCAAGAAGUCCUCUUUUAAAGUGGCCUUAAUUUCUUCAGGACCAAAAGUAUUUGCUGCGUGAGUUGUUGCUUUUUGCCAACUUAGUGCGGUUCUGUUUACUCAAGCAAGUGCAGUGAGCAAUAAUUACAAGAGGCUUAUUUUAUGUUCCUUGAAAAAGUCCCAGCUGAGUUGGUGCCUGAUUGCUUAUCAAAGAAGUCUUGGGCAAGUCCAGAGUGUCUCCGAUUAGAGAUGCAGCGCUUUAACUCUGGGCCUCAUUACUCAAUCUCACCGGAAGGAUCCUUUGCAGCGCAAGUCGACAGCCCUGGUGGUGCUGUCCCACAUAGGAGAAGUCUUGGGAAACCCAAAUCUUCUGCGUAGCUUCCUUAGAGAUGUCAUCCUCUCCCUGUUCUAGGUGCUAGCAACGGUUGUUGCCUCCAAAGAGCUCAACGGGGACUACCCUCCUGGUUUUCUUCGCUAUGCUCCCCAUCCCUGAAUAUGCAGUUCUAAAACUGUAAGGACUUUGGGAUACUUGUUUUGUUCCCAGCAGAGAGCUUGAAAGUCUGCCAACCUAGGGAGACAAACUGGUGCGUUCCAAGCCGUCGCAAAAGUUGGUCAGAUUCUGCACCCUUAUCUUGUGGAACAAGACAAGACUGUGGUUCACCUCAGUGCUUUACUCCAUACCGAAAUGCCUUUAACAUGCUCAGCAGUGUUUUGUUCAGGAAUUUCAGUGUUUCUGAAAUCUGUGUUCUCUCACGGGCUCCUUUUGUACUACUCUUGAUUAUUCAGGCAGGGUUUCUCAGGUCUGCGUCUCAUGUUACUUUGCCCUGUGUACAUUCUAAAGAUUUAUGUGUGGGAUGAAAGUCCCAAAGAUGUGUGCCUUAGAAUCUUUGGAGCGCUCAGCUAGACGGCGUUCAAAACUUCCCAGAAGCUGGUUCACAGAACGUGUGCCUGAAACGCACGGCUGAGUUCUUACAUUGUAAGAGCUGUGUGUUUCUGGUCAAUCUGUGCCACACAUUUAAAGCAUAUUCAACAAACGUUGAAAGCACAUAGCUUUCCACGAAGUGCAGUUGUCAAGGCUGCUGGGAACUGCAGCACGGUAAGGGUGAAACUAUAGUUCCCAGGAUUCUUUCGUGGAGGCUCAUGUGCUUUCAAUGUGUGUCGAAUGUGCUUUUAAAUAUCUGGCAUGUGUCUGCAGUUAUGUUAUUGCCCCUUCCUCCAAGAUCCUCUUUGUAACAUCAUUGGAAUGCCAUGAAAAGGAGCCACAUGAGAGUUUUAACACCACUGUUCUUGUAACAGACGAAUUGGCCUUGAUUCCUAGGUAAUGAUAAAAGCAAGAUUUUGGGAGCAUUUUUUGCUACUUCCUCGCACUCCUCUUUUGAACGAGUAGAUGAAAGUACCAGGCAGAACAGCUUCACUUUCUUACGACGUACUAUCUCGAAACAAGACCAAAGUGCAUAAAUCCCACCGAAUUAUUCCAGUUGCAUCCCUCCCCCCCUGCUCCCCUGCUCCUGUUAACCUGAUACCCCAUGCUAGCUGGAGUGUGAUAUCCUGUCCUACGCAAUGGAAGAUCGCUGCUUUGGAGUUGGGAAACGCGUGUGCUAUAGGGAGCGGAGAUGGAGACACUGUGGAAAUUGAAAAAGGAACAAGAAAACAAAAAAGACUCCCGACGCAGCAAGCUGUUGCUGUGGAAUGAGGAGCUAGACUUGAGGUCUGCCAUGUGAAAACAAUAUUUAAAGGGCUGCAAGGAUGAGUCUGUGCUUACGUGUCAUAGUGGGGAAGUACCUACUGCCCAAAGCAAAGAUGCAAAGCUUGCAGAUGCUAUUGGAUUGCACCCCCUCCCACUCCAGCCUGACUGACCCAUGGCCCAAGGGAACUGGAGUUCCACAGCACCCAGAGGGCAACAGGUUCCCCCACCCACUGGUUCUUAAAAUCAAGGAUAAAACAUUUUUGUAUGUUUACAGAAUGGUG